GCACCAAACCUGACUCCGUCUCCUCUGGAGGUGAAGGAGGGAUCCUCAGUGAAUCUGACCUGCUCUGCUCCAGCUCCCUGUCAGACUCAUCCUCCAACUCUGACAUGGACCCCCAGUCUGGGUGACGUUCAAGAGCAACUGCUGGAGAAUAACGACAAAACUAAAGUCAAGAUGUCUGUCCUGACCUUCACUGCUUCUCACCUCCAUGAUGGAGAGAAUAUCUCCUGCACUGUGGUCUACACGAAACAAGAUGGCAGCAGAGAUGCAUCUGUGAGCAGUUUAACAGCUGCUGUUUCCUAUUCACCCAAAGAAACCACAGUGUCAGUCAGCCCCUCUGGUCCAGUCCAACAGAGCACUAUUGUGACUCUGACAUGCACAAGUAAUGCAAACCCAGCAGUAAAGAACUUCACCUGGUACAGAGAUGAUGGAAGCCAGGAGACUGUCAUUGGAACCAAAGAAGUUUUAAAAAUUCAAGCAUCUGAAGUCAGUCGGCCGUUUUUCUGUGAGGCUGCAAAUGAUGUUGGAGUUGGACGUUCCAACCCGAGUCACAUAGAUGUUCAGUAUUCACCCAAAGACACCACAGUGUCAGUCAGCCCCUCUGGUCCAGUCCAACAGAGCACUAUUGUGACUCUGACAUGCACAAGUAAUGCAAACCCAGCAGUAAAGAACUUCACCUGGUACAGAGAUGAUGGAAGCCAGGAGACUGUCAUUGGAACCAAAGAAGUUUUAAACAUUCAAGCAUCUGAAGUCAGUCGACCGUUUUUCUGUGAGGCUGCAAAUGAUGUUGGAGUUGGACGUUCCAACCUGAGUCACAUAGAUGUUCAGUAUUCACCCAAAGAAACCACAGUGUCAGUCAGCCCCUCUGGUCCAGUCCAACAGAGCACUAUUGUGACUCUGACAUGCACAAGUAAUGCAAACCCAACAGUAAAGAACUUCACCUGGUACAGAGAUGAUGGAAGCCAGGAGACUGUCAUUGGAACCAAAGAUGUUUUAAACAUUCAAGCAUCUGAAGUCAAUCAGCCGUUUUUCUGUGAGGCUGCAAAUGAUGUUGGAGUUGGACGUUCCAACCUGAGUCACAUAGAUGUUCAGUUUCCUCCACAGAUCCUGCCGUCAUCUAAUUGCACCACAACUGCAGGCCAGAUCAACUGUUACUGUGAGACUGUGGGAAAUCCUUUUCCCACUUUACACUGGUCUUUGGAUGGUCAACCUGUCAGUCAGUCUGACAAGUUUGUGAUCAGCAGUGAGCGUCUAAAUGAUGACAAAGGUCUGAGGAGCUUCAUCACUGUGGAUCAACCACAAGAGAUGGAUCGUUCCACCUUGAUGUGCCACAGCUUCAACUCUCUUGGAUCUGCCAGUCAACAAUUCUGCCUUGAGGGUCAAGCAUCUGCUGAAAGUCAUGAUCAAACGCUGAUGCUACUGUUCAUCUCCACAACUGUCUUUUUCUUCACACUUGUGUGUGCUCUGCUGUGUGUUAUCAGGGCUCUGAAGAAUCGCCAAAACCCCAACAAUCGCCUCACAGGUGAAAUCAACCAAAUUGCUAAGAGACAACAUGUAACAACAGAGGUUCCCAACACAACAGAAGAACACAUUUAUGUCAACACCAAAGGCCAACCAAACGCCAACGACCCUCCAAUUGUGUCUGAGCCAAACGGCAAAACUGUGCCAAGUUCUGGGUCAAACAAUGUGGAAGGAGUAGGUAAAAGCUCAGAGAAGAAUGAGGAUGACGGCAAUGUCAUUUACUCUACUGUGUCUUGGAAGAGCAAGAACAAGAAGGGAGCAGAUUCUGAAAACAUGAAUCCAUCUGGUGGUUCCUAUCUGGAGGAGGAGAAGUCAACGGUGGAGGGCGUGCACAGAAAUUUUACGAGUAAUGCAGUGGAGAUGGGAAACCUGUAUGUUGAAGUGGGGCCUACAAAUGUGAGGAAGGAAUCAGAAUGUGAAUAUGCUCAGGUUAAAACGAAAGGAAAGAGAACAAAGAAAAAAUAGAUGAUGAUUUGCCCUGUUGGAAAUUGCUGUCUUGCUCUCUUAUGUGUAUGUUUUUGUUGCUACAAAUCAAAUAUGGAAAUUUACAGAAUGUUGGUCUGUUUUGUACAAGUGUAGGGAAGAAACUGCAACAGCAGAAAUAUUCUGUCUGUGACGUUGUUUUAAAUGACAAUCUGAUUGAUACAACAUUAUUUGUUCAUAGAACUGAAAAUUCUUACUCCAAACAGAUACUGGAUCCACAUAUUGGCUCCUACUGAUCACUAAUAAUUUGUAUCGGCCCUGAAAGAAACAUAUUGAUUUCUAGUUUUUAAAAAUUUUGCCUGAUUUAGAUUUUUUGUUACACAGAAGAAUUUUGUCAUAAUGUAAAAACACAAAAAAUGUUAUAAUAUGCAACAGUUUUCACAAUUUCUGCUGUGUCAAUGUAAAAUAUGAAAUGCUGCAUAUUUAUAAAGCUUCUUAGUGAAAUGCAGACGUUGGUCAUAUAAAAAUUGCAAAAACUUGUGCUAUCUUAUUUUUAUUUAUUAGUGUGGUAUGUACUGUUUAAUGACUUGUUUUAACAUUUGUUUUAAUGGAAACUGCCAUUGUUAUUAAAAUAUUGAGGAAGGUGAUACAGAAUGUGUUUCCCCCCAAAGUAACAGGCUCUAGAGCAGGGGUGUCAAACUCCGUUCCUGGAGGGCCACUAUCCUGCAUGUUUUAGAUGUUUCACUCUUCCAACACACCUGAUUCAAAUAAUCAGCUUAUCAUC